AAAUCUCAGUUUUUACAUAUUUCAUGUUUUAUUGACUGAGUUCCACAUCUCUGCACAUUAGAUAUAACAUUUGAAAUGUAGAUGAACAGUUAGGAAUUUGCUUAGGAUAAAAAAUGUGUAAUGAGAUAAAUAGCACCUAGCCUUUAUACAGGAGAAAUAACUGUCGUUGCGUACUAGUAUAAUGAGAUAAUCAACUUCUUAAUAUGUAGACACAUGAGUAGAAUAGUCUGACUGGAACAUAUAUUUAUGAAAAUGCAAAUCAUUCAGUUAAUUAAUGUCUAUUACUAUUAUUAUUAUUAUUUUUUAGGAUUUGUUUCCCUCACCCCUCCCUUUCAUGAAGAGCCAAAAUCAUUAGUCUCCCAAUCUCUUUUUUUGGCCCCACCGUACCUCUCACGUGUCACUUGACCUGCUUGUAGUUUUACUUCCUUUACCCCACCUCUCACUUCAAAUCACAUCCGUCCACGUCACUCCGAAUAAUCCACAGGUGCCAUUGGAUAUGCUGCCGCGUCUACACUCUUGGUCCGGUUCUAUCCCGUAUAUCCUUUCCAGCUCCUUCUCCCUAUUUUCUUUUUUUUUUCCUUAAACCUACUAUUGACACUCUUUCAAGAAUAUUCGAACGUAAAAUGCCCCUGGACGCUGCACCCAUCGGGCAUUCCUUUUCCCAAAAUUAAACAUCCUCUUUAUAAAAGCCCCUGUACCUUUUGCUGCAUCUCACUAACCCAAUAUAUAUACCCACACACCUCCUCUGCCCAACUCCCUGAACUUACAUAGAUAUAUAUUACCAUUUUUGGAAACAGAAGAUGGCAAGUCUUGCAAGAGCCAAAAGAGUCACCGACCGUCUAGACGACAAGGUUAGGGUAUGUCUCUUCAGCUACGGCAGCAGCGGCAGUGAACACUCCGCCGAAGAUGACUCUCCUUGUCUUUCUGAGCUCGUUCACCGCUUCCUUGAGGAUGAUCCCAAGGCUGAGCCCUCCGGCUAUGAUUCUGCCUCUGACACAAUGGACUCCGCCCUCGACUUUACGGAUGUGAUCCAGGAAGUGGAGAGAUUUAUAGCCAGAAGCAAUGCAGAUCCAUACGAGAUCCUGCUGCGGACACACGUCUCCAAAGCGACGGAAAUGUUUUCGUGUUUCAGAUCGCAACGGGCCAUUUUCAGGCGGAAAAUGAUGUCGUUUCUUCGCGAACUGUGCCACAAUGCAGCAAUCUGCAAGACUAAGUGGGAUUCACUGGGCGGACUUACUGCCGGGAACUACGAGUUUAUCGAUGUCAUCUGCUCUCGUGGCGUAUCAUGCCAGGUCCGUUACUUCAUAGAGGUGGACUUCCCAUCCGAGUUCGAGAUCGCCAGGCCGACUGACGAGUACGCGCGUCUCUUGCAGGCGCUUCCGAGAGUUUUCGUGGGGAAGAGCGAGGAGCUUAAGAGGUUCAUACGGAUCAUGAGCGACGCAGCUAGGAGAUCGCUUAAGAGCAGAGGCUUGUCUCUGCCUCCGUGGAGGAAGAACCGUUACAUGCAGAAUAAAUGGUUCGGUCCGUACAAACGAACUUCCAGUCCCAACCCUGCAUCCUCCUCCACGACGUCAAUCCCCCCUGUCAACGGCGUUAAUUGCAGAUCGGUGGGGUUCGCCGUCAACGGCCACCAUUUUGUCCAUACUAGAUGAAUCGACGACGGAGAUUUGUAGAAACCACUAACAUUUCGAAAAUUAUAUCCGCGUUAUUCUGUUUAUUAUAAUAUCUAUGCAUGUACUUGUAAUAACGAAUAAUUCUAGUUGUUUGGUUUUUAAAAAAAAUAAAAUUGUAGUUGUUGUACA